AUAUCAUGAGCAUCGAUCAGGUCUUCUCUUCUCUUCAUUAAGCAACUAGCUAGCUUAAGCACAAGGGGACAGUGAGCCUAAGCACAGAUUAGUGCAUUCGCAGUAAGUAAGCAAGCUGAGCUAGAGCUAGCUAAUUAAGGCGGCGCCAUGGCUGCACCUAGUCUGCCGUUGGUGACGUGUGCCCUGCUGCUGCUCGCCGUGGCAUGUCGGGCUCACCCCUACUGGCCGCUGGAGUUGGCGUACUACCGCGACAAGUGCCCCCAGGCCGAGGCCGUCGUCAAGUCCGUCGUCGGCCAGGCCGUCCACCAGAACCCCGGCCUCGGCGCCGCCGUCAUCCGCAUGCUCUUCCACGACUGCUUCGUCGAGGGUUGUGACGCUUCCAUCCUGCUGGACCCGACGCCGUUCAGCCCGACGCCGGAGAAGCUGAGCGCGCCGAACAACCCGUCCAUGCGCGGGUUCGACCUCAUCGACGCGAUCAAGUCCGCCGUCGAGGCGGCCUGCCCGGGCGUCGUCUCCUGCGCCGAUAUCAUCGCCUUCGCCGCGCGCGACGCGACCUACUUCCUGAGCAACGGCAAGGUCUACUUCGACAUGCCGUCGGGCCGCCGCGACGGCAGCUUCUCCAACGACUCCGGCCCGAUCAACUUCCUCCCGCCGCCCACGUCCAACCUCAGCGACCUCAUCUCCAGCUUCGCCGUCAAGGGCCUCUCCGUGGAGGACAUGGUGGUGCUCUCCGGCGCCCACACCGUCGGCCGCUCCCACUGCUCGUCCUUCGUCCCCGACCGCCUCAACGCCUCCGUCUUCUCCGACAUCGACGGCGGGUUCGCCUGGUUCCUCAAGUCGCAGUGCCCGCUCGACGCGACGCCCGGCGGCAGCAACGACCCCACGGUGAUGCAGGACUUCGUGACGCCCAACACGCUGGACAACCAGUACUACAAGAACGUGCUCGCCCACAAGGUGCUCUUCACCUCCGACGCGGCGCUCCUGACGUCGCCGGAGACGGCGAAGAUGGUGUCGGACAACGCGAACAUCCCCGGGUGGUGGGAGGACAAGUUCAAGGCGGCCAUGGUGAAGAUGGCGAGCAUCCAGGUGAAGACCGGGUACCAGGGCCAGAUCAGGAAGAACUGCAGAGCUAUCAACUACUGAUAAUUACGUACUCCACCAUUGAUCGAGUCGCAAGCGUGUUCAUGUUUGUGAUUUGGCGAUUUAAGUGCGUGUGUUUGUGACUUUUUCCUUCUCAGUUUGUGUUUUUUUUUGUUCCUUUUAAUUUGCUCCUUUUCUUUUCGUCACUAUUGUUUAAUUCGUCAAUUUGUAUCCACCCAAGAUGUAGAUGCGGAUGCCGUCCAUUUCCCACAUGGAUUUUCUUUGCUUAAUUUACAGCUGUUUCCAAUAAUUUCAUAUAUAUAUAAAUACGUACUUUUGGAAU